CUGGGCGGAGCAGGCUCGGGCGGGCGUCUUUCCGAACUUUUGUUUGGAAAGGGUUGGUGCGCGAAGCGACGGAUUUUAUGCCCCUGACUUCGCGUCCGGCGGAGCGAGAGCGCGGGAGGCCCCGAGUGCCCCUCUCUCGCCUGCCGGGCCCCCGGAGCCCCCCUCCCGCGGAAGACGGGCGCGGGGCGAGGCGAGGGAGCGAACGACCCCGGCUCUUGGGCAUGCGGGGCGGCCAGCCCGACGCUGUUGCUUAAGCCGAGCGAGCGAGAGAUCGCGGAGGGGAGACGGCCAUGGACGCCGCCGGGCAGCCCCAGCAGGCACCGUCGGCGGCGCAGCCCCAGCCGUCGGCGGCUCAGCCCCAGCCUACGGGGCAACAAGCUUCGCCGCCGGCGCCUCAGCCCGGAGGGGGAGCCGUAUCCGGGCCGCCUCCGGCCGGCCAUCAAGUCGUCCACGUCCGGGGCGAUUCGGAGACGGACUUGGAGGCCCUUUUCAACGCCGUCAUGAACCCCAAGGGCGCCAACGUGCCCCACACGCUCCCUAUGCGGCUCCGCAAACUGCCGGACUCCUUCUUCAAGCCUCCGGAGCCCAAGGCCCACUCCCGCCAGGCCAGCACGGAUGCAGGAACGGCAGGAGCUCUAACUCCUCAACAUGUUCGUGCUCACUCUUCUCCAGCUUUGUUGGGAACAGUUUCUCCAGGCGCCCUUACUCCAUCUGGCGUAGUUCCUGGAGGUACACCCUCUCAGCAUCUCCGUCAAUCAUCUUUUGAAAUCCCUGAUGAUGUACCCCUACCACCAGGUUGGGAGAUGGCAAAGACACCUUCUGGCCAGAGAUAUUUUCUGAAUCACAUUGAUCAGACAACAACAUGGCAGGAUCCAAGGAAGACUCUCCUUUCCCAAAUGAAUGUUACAGCUCCUACAAGCCCUCCAGUGCAGCAGAAUAUAAUGAAUUCAACAAGCGACCCGCUCCCUGAAGGAUGGGAACAAGCCGUGACCCAGGAUGGAGAAAGUUACUACAUAAACCAUAAGAACAAGACUACAUCUUGGCUAAAUCCAAGACUUGACCCACGUUUUGCUAUGAACCAGAGAAUCAGCCAAAGCGCUCCAGUGAAACAGCCACCGCCAUUGGCCCCCCAAAGUCCUCCCGGCGGAGUCCUGGGAGGUGGCACUUCCAAUCAACAGCAACAGAUAAGACUGCAGCAGCUGCAGAUGGAAAAAGAAAGGUUGCGACUGAAGCAUCAAGAACUGCUUCGGCAGGUGAGGCCACAGGCGUUGCGGAAUAUCAAUCCCAGCACAGCAAAUGCUCCAAAACGUCAGGAAUUGGCUCUCCGUAGUCAGCUUCCCAGUAUGGAACAAGAUGGCACCCAGAAUCGAGUAUCCUCUCCCGGAAUGUCUCAAGAACUCAGAACAAUGACCACAAAUAGCUCAGAUCCCUUUCUUAACAGUGGAACAUACCACUCCAGAGAUGAGAGCACAGACAGUGGCCUCAGCAUGAGCAGUUACAGUGUUCCUAGAACUCCAGAUGACUUCCUUAAUAGUGUUGAUGAAAUGGAUACAGGUGACACUAUCAACCAAAGCUCCAUCCCCUCCCAUCAGAACCGUUUUCCAGACUACCUUGAAGCCAUUCCGGGGACUAACGUGGACCUUGGAACACUGGAAGGCGAUGCAAUGAAUAUAGAAGGAGAGGAACUUAUGCCAAGCCUACAAGAAGCUUUGAGCUCCGAUAUCCUUAAUGACAUGGAAUCUGUGCUGGCAGCCACCAAGCUAGAUAAAGAAAGCUUUCUUACCUGGUUAUAGGGGCCUCAGGGAGAUGGAAUUUGAAAUCUUUGAAGGAUCUAAGGAGAUAAGACAUGUACCUUUGUUGAAAACGGUAUCAUAAAGGCAUCUUGGCUUAUGA